UCCCCCCCGCAUCGCAAAAUCCCCCCUCCCCAUCACAUCUUGCCAGCUAUACAGGAUCUUGAAGAAGUCGGACUGACGUCUUUGCUACCUUCAGUUAUGGCUCCGACAGAGUCCAAGAAGCGCCUUGCGCUCGCAAUCAUUGAUUUCCUCAACACCAGUGUGAAGGACGGCACUCUGACUGCAGAUGAUGCAGAGUCGAUCGAAAUUGCUCAAUCAUGCAUCGCCGAUACAUUCAAGGUCGACCCUUCCAACGAGGCUGCGAUGAAGGAAGCUCUGGGAGGACAGUCCCUGGCCAGCAUCUACAGUGUGUAUGAGAAGCUUCGAAACAAGCCUUCGGCCGGCAGCAGCUCCAGCGCUGGGUCUCAGGCCAAGGCCGAUGAAACUCAGAAGCCCCAGUCUGGUGCUCCCACCCCCGAAUCUGACAAGCUGAAGUCGGAGGGCAAUGCCGCCAUGGCUCGCAAGGAUUACAACGCCGCUCUCGAUCGGUAUACACAAGCCCUGGCUAUUGCUCCCGCUAACCCAAUCUACCUUUCCAACCGGGCUGCCGCUUAUUCUGCGUCUGGUCAGUCUGAAAAGGCAGCGGAGGAUGCGGAGCUCGCCACCAGUGUCGACCCCAAGUACUCUAAAGCCUGGAGCCGUCUGGGUCUCGCUCGGUUUGACAUGGCCGAUUACCACGGAGCGAAGGAAGCCUAUGAAAAGGGUAUUGAGGCAGAAGGCAAUGGUGGCAGUGACGCUAUGAAGAGGGGCCUUGAAACCUCUAAGAGAAAGAUUGAGGAGGCUAGCCGUGGGCCCGAGCCUCCUGCGGAUGAUGUCGACGAUGCGCUGGGUGCAUCCCGCGGUGCUGGUGGCAUGCCCGAUCUCUCUUCCCUCGCCGGCAUGCUCGGUGGAGGUAGAGGCGGCGGUGGUAUGCCCGAUCUUGGGUCUCUGAUGAGCAACCCGAUGUUUGCAAACAUGGCUCAGAACCUCAUGAGCAACCCUGAUAUGCUCAAUAAUCUCAUGAAUAACCCUCAAUUGAGGCAAAUGGCUGAGAACUUUGGCCAGGGCGGUGGAAUGCCGGAUAUGUCAAGCUUGAUGAGUGACCCGAACGUUGCGGAAAUGGCCCGUAAUAUUAUGGGCGGUGCCGGACGUGGUGGACAGUAAUGCGCUUGCAUCUUUUGGCCCUCCCUUUUACGCCCUUGCUGAUGCCUGGUUUUUUUUUAUUUUGAGUUUUGUCUUGGUAAAUAGGUAUUCAAGUAUGAUAAUGUUGAGAAGCGUAUAGACCGUAUUUUGUUUGGAAAGUUAAAAACAAAUAUGAACUCUGCCUCCCUUACU